GAGAAGUAUGUUUGCUCUCAUUUGGUACAAAAAAUAAUUUUUACUUGAAUGCUUUUUUUUUGUUUGUUUGUUUCUAGGUAAAUUGACAGGAUGUGGAACAGCAAAUCAAAGGAGGUGCCUUUACAAAAUCCAAGGCAUUUUCAGAACAGGGACUCCACCAGAGAUCAAACUGCAGUAUGGGAUACUUUUUCUCAAACUAAGGCUGCUCUGCGUCACAUUGAGAACAAAUUGGAAGUCGUUCCCACCAGUACUGCUGUGUUUGAUUCUGUCAUGGAUGCCAAGAAGUCCUCUGCCAAUGCUACCAGGAAAAUAAGCAGAAAGGCCUUCAGGUCCUCCAGUCAAAAUAAGUCACGCAAGGAGAAGACCUCUCGUAGUCCUCUUCGUGCAACCACUCUCGAGAGCAAUGUGAAAAAAAGUAGCCGUGUAGAAUUUCGGGAACCUUUGGCUUCAUACAGGGAAACAUAUGGUUCCCCAUCUUAUCACAGUUCUAGCCAGCUGGAGGCCAAACAUUUGCUAUCUAGCUUGGAAGGUAGUGAAGCAGAGGGAAAGAUUGAAGGAACAAACCGUGUGAUAUAUAACAGAGAUGAACGGGACCCACACAGCAGGGAUUUUGAAAGCCCACAUUCUUCUGCUGCAGAUGAGACAGUUGUCAGGUAUUUGAAUGACCGUCCAGCAAUUGAUGCCUUGCAAAGCAAUGAGAUUCUUUUUAAAGCUGUAACACCUACAAGAUCAGAGGAGGAAAAUAAUGGAUCCAGAGGAGAUGAGAGCGGCACUAAAACUCUGAGUACCACAGCCCAGGAUCCUGAACUGAAAGGGGUACGGCUGUCAGAAUCUUCCUCUUCCUCCACUAGUACUUCCAGUGCCCACAGGCUAGAAAUCUUAAAGCGGAGACAGCAUGAUAAUAAAUUGGAGAAGUUGAAGGAGCGGAUUAGAAAGCAGUGGGAGCAUUCUGAAGAAUUAAGCAGCAGAGGACAGCUUCAGGGUUAUGCUGAGCAACCAGUGGUAGUAACAAACGUGGAGAGUGCAGUGACUCCAAAAGUCAGAAAAGUAGCAGUUGCACCUCCUGCUCCAGCAUACAAAGGUUUUAAUCCUGCCGAGACAAAGAUUCGUACUCCUGAUGGAAAGGUCUGGCAUGAAGAUGAAUUUCACAGUAUUAGCAGGGAAUUAUAUCGAGAUAUAGCACUACAGUUAGCAGAGGAUUCAACAAUGAAAGAGAUGGCUACUGAAAAGGGUAAGGAGAAAAAAAGCACCAGGCCAAUGCGCAAGGUCCAAAAACUGACACGGUCAUCAAGCCCAGAUUCCAAACCAGGUGGAAGCCAUGUGAUAAAUGCAUCAUCUUGGCGGGAUGGACAAAAGCUAGUCAAAAAGAUACUGGGUCCAGCACCCAAACUAGAGCAACAGGACAGAAGAGCAACAUCCAGUGACAGGACUGGAAGGGGAAGAGCUACUAAAUCUUCAGGUUGUAUUGGAAGGACAAGCUCAGAUCCCAGGCUGGAUGUUACCAAUAAAACCUGUUCAAGAAGUUCUGAACGGUCAAGGAGUAAAGUACGGUCUGAGAAUAACCUUAAGAAAUUGGAAAAUACUCUUCCAGAGAGUAAACAAGAUGAUCACAGCUCAUUAAAUAAGGAUUUUCUACCUGUGGAGAUACGUGGAAUUCUUGAUGACCUGCAGUUGGAGUCCAUGACUCAGAGUACAAAGCAGGAGAAAGAUGGUGAAAAGCAGAGCCAGAAAUUUGUUUUGCUUACUCAAGGUGCCAGGAGCCACAGUCCAACCAAAAGAAAACCAGACAAGCUAGCUUCCUGUGAAGAGCCUCAAGUUAUCUCCAAAAAGCGUCACUAUGAUACAGAUGAGGUUCGCCAGUACAUUAUUAGACAGCAAGAAGAGAGGAAGAGAAGGCAGAAUGAAGAGAAGAAGGCACAGAAGGAAGCAACAGAACAGAAGAACAAAAGACUUCAAGAGCUUUACAGGAAACAGAGGGAGGCUUUUGCUAAAGCAAAGAAUAUGCCACCUCCUGAACCUUCAGCAGCUAGGCGAUUACAAGAAACCUAUUCUAAACUGUUGCUGGAACAGACUCUGUUAGAGGAGCCUUCUAAGCUUGCUGCUGUUCAGGAAAUGCAGGCCAGACCAGUGUAUCAGCCAUCUGGGGAAUCGGACAAAGAAAACAAAGCACAAGAACGUCCUCCUAGUGCAUCUUCCAGUAGUGAUAUGUCCCUGUCAGAACCGUCGCAGCCUCUUGUUAGAAAUGAUUUGAUGGAGCCUACUUGGAUACAACCAGACAGAUUGAGCCCACGAGUCCAGUUUUCGCAACCACAACCUUUUGCAGGCUCAAGUGGGGGUCUUUUCUCCCAGCUUUUGAGCUUGGAGCAGAUGGGCCUUUUGCAAAAGGACUUUGACACAGCACCAUCACCCAGGAGGAAUCAUAAUGCUGCUAUGGGAUCUCUGACUCUGACCUCUCAGCCUUACCUGAAUUCAUCUUCUGCACAGCAAGAUCUCUUAGCAAAACCAGCCACUGGUCAAUACAGGAGUAAAUUGGAACGCAUUGAAGCUCUGAAAGCUACAGCUGCUUCUCUCUCUAGUAGGAUUGAAAGUGAAACCAAGAAGUUAGCUGGGGCUGGCAUUAAUUAUGGUUCUGUCUGGAACACUGAGCAUGAACUCCUUCACCAAGGGAAUCUGGAUGAUGGGCGGUGGGCUAAAGUUGUGAGUCCUCCUGUGAGAGAGGAUAAUGAAGAUGUUUUCUCAGCCAGAAUUCAGAAAAUGUUGGGUACCUGUCUCUCUCAUACAAGCUUCGAUGAUAACCUUCCUGGAGUGGGCAACCUAAGUGAAUUUAAAAAGCUUCCUGAAAUUAUCAGACCUCAUACAGCUGCAGUCAGCCUUGGAAUGAGGUCCCCAGCCAGUCAAAGACCUGAAGGAAUCCUAGGACAUUUAUCAAAGAGGUCAACUGACUCCUCUGGUUGUGAAAAACAGCCUUAUGGUCAAAACAAAGUCAUAAUUCCUUGUGAUUCUAGCAUAGAUUCAAUCAGUGAAGGACCUCUUCUAAGUGAAGGGAGUCUCUCUGAGGAAGAUGGAAGCCAGAGUAGACAAUCUCCCUUGAAGACAGCUGAGGUGUUCAAAGAAAAGGAAUUUUGUGUGCGGGAAAAAAAUGCUUUUGAGCCCAUAAAAGAAUUUCAGAAGGAGGCUGAAAAGUACAUGCCACUUUUUACACAGACAAGUAGCACUCAGAGUAAGGGACCAUGGGAGGAACUAGCAAAAGGAAGUCCACAUAGUGUCAUCAACAUCUUUGCAAAAUCUUACCAGCUACAUGGAAAAGGACUUGAAGAAAGGUCAAAUGGUGGGUCUCCAAUCCUGCGACCUUUACUUCCUGCCAUGAGCCCUCCGGAUAGUGUUGUUUCAUAUGAAGGUGACUUUGUUUCAUCACAAGGGAGUGGAACUCUGACAGACAAAAAGAAUGGUCUUGAGCCUAGUAUCAGUGGCAGCAGCAUUGGCAGUAUUCAGGAAGAACUUCGCAGCAGGAGGUCUCCUCAUGAGCCUCGGUCUGUAGAACUUGGCUCUCCGCAUUCAUCUGGGCACCGUUCUGCAGCAUCUUCUCGCUCAUCUACUUCUUCUAAAAGAAUUGGGAGGAAGGAAAAGCUAGAAUCUUUUAAUGGAAGUUCACGUCAGUUUCCCAUGGAAGAAGACAAAAUGCUGUCUGAGUCAGACCAUGGAUCCCAACAGGCAAAGAAGUCCUUACCUAGCAGCAGAAUUUCCAACAGAGAUCAUGAGCAGAGUCCAGAUACUGAUAGUACUUUGGAAGAGCUGUCUGGGCACUCAGUGAGUUUCUCCGACAAGGGAAAAUCCCUGAAAACUCCAACUUCUCCCCCAUCUCCAGGUUCCCAGAAACUGUUACAAUUUGACUCUGUAGGCAGUACAGAAAGGGCCAGAUCUCCUGGAGGCUUUUCUUUGGGUACAACAUCAGGAUUCAAGUCAAAUGUACCCUACCCCGACUUGAGCAUGGGAAUCAACAGAACCACAGCAGGAGCACCUUCAGUGACUGGAUCUAUGCACCUCUCCCCAGCUGGUCUCCAGCAUCGUUUGUCAGCAGAGCUUAAUUACCUGAAUGUCAUCGAAGAGUCUGUACGACAGCUUUCAGAUGUAGAACGAGUACGGGGCAUAUCACUUGCCCAGCAGGAAAGUGUUUCCUUGGCUCAGAUCCUAAAGGCACAACAACAGCGACAUGAGAGGGAUUUGGCUCUCUUGAAGCUCAAGGCAGAACAAGAGGCUUUAGAAAGUCAGAGACAGUUGGAUGAAGCCAGGCAGAAGGCAGCUCAGGUCCAUGCAGAAUCUCUCCAGCAUCUGGUCCAGUCACGUCAGGAAGCAGUAGAAGCACUACAGGAAACUACGUGCAAAAUUGCAGCCAAACAGGUGGAAGCUGCUUUAUUGACCACAGAUGCAGCUCGUCAGAUCCGAGAGAUGACAGAAUUAGCACGAACUCAGAUACCAGAAACUGUCAGUGCUCCUGCAGCUCCAAUCACCACACUAUAUGAUGAUCAGCGGCAGCAUCAUUCAGAGUUCAUAAAACAGAUAAGAGCUCGUUCAGAUCCAAACAGGAAAAGUGAAUCUGGUGUCCCUUCACACACUAAAGAGGAUACAACUGACUCAAAACAGGUGCACUCACCAUCAUUUGACAGCUACUCAGAAUCCUCACGGUCCAAGAAUCAUGAUAGGAGCAGUAGUAGUAGCCGCCAGGAGAGUCCUUCAGUUCCAUCUUCCAAGGAGAAUGAAAAGAAAGAGAAGAAACCCUCCCGGCGUGAAAAGAUGACCAGCUCCAUUGAAGAUCAUGCUCCAACUGUUGUGGAUGAUUCCUUGCGGAGUGAUAGUAUUCCAUCACUACCAGAUGAGAGAGGUUUAGAUUCAGCUUCCAUUGCAACAGAGUAUUCCCUGAAAUUUGAUGAGUCCAUGACAGAAGAUGAAAUUGAGGAAAAAUCUUUCAGAUCUUUACUGCCUUCUGAGAGCCAUCGCAGGAUCAACAUGGAGAAGAAGCGAGGACAUCGGGAUGAUUCUGAUGAGGAGGUUUCCCCAGAAAAGACAGCCCUGUCAUCUAUCAAGGAGCUAAGUAUGCCAUUCUCAGGGGGUCAGGAUAGUUUCUCUAAAUUCACUAUGGAGAUGGUGCGACAGUACAUGAAAGAAGAGGAAAUGCGAGCAGCUCAUCAGUCCUCACUGCUCCGCCUUCGAGAAAAGGCUUUGAAAGAGAAGACCAAGGCUGAACUGGCCUGGUUGGAACACCAGAAAAAACACUUGAGAGACAAAGGAGAGGAUGACAAGAUGCCUCCCAUUCGAAAGAGACAGCGUGGCCUGCUGCUGAAGUUGCAACAGGAGCAGGCAGAAAUUAAACGUCUCCAGGAGGCCAACAAGGCAGCUAGGAAGGAGAGACAACUGAUUCUGAAGCAACAGGAAGAGAUAGAACGAAUCUGCCAGACUACCAUGAAACUGCAGGAAAAACUGAAGUCUGCAGGGGAAAAUAAACUGGAGUUGCACAGUGAAGACGACAUAAAGCAGAGCAAUGCUUCCAGCCCACUUCCAACUGACACAGAAACCCGUAGCCCUUCCCCUAUCUCCAUCUCCAGUAGCGAGACUAGUAGCAUUAUGCAGAAGCUCAAGAAAAUGCGCAGCCGAAUGGAUGAAAAACACUGCUCUCCUGUUCACUACUUCUUCUCUGUCUUUACGUCUCACCACUGGGCCUCUCUCAGUGUCUGUUUUCCCAACCUCCACCCCAAAUUCCAGCUGUAUAUCUACAACCAAUUGGUCAGGUUCUUGACUAAGCGAGAACAGAAGCUGAUGCAACGGCGACAGCAUGCUGAAGAAUUACUGGAGUGGAAGCGCCGUCUAGAUGCAGAGGAAGUAGAGAUACGCCGGAUAGAGAAACAAGCUUUAGCUGCCUGGGACAAACAGCUACUCAAAACAAAAACAGCAAAGAAGGACCUGGGCGACCAGAGGACUGAACCCAAAGAAACAGCCAGUGAAGAAGAGUCUCCAGUGCUUUCCUGUUCUCAUCUAAACAGUGAAAGCUCUGUUCCUGAAGAACUAGGGAGUCCACCUGCUGAGUCUAUCCCAUCAGAGAUUAUAGGGCAUGAACAACCUGCAAGCCCUGAUCAUAGUACACUUACUGAAGAAAUAGUUUCUUCGCAGGGCCUCAAGUCCACUACCUCACCUGCCAAGCUUUCUCCUUCCAAAAGCAGUACAUCUCUGUCAAAACAGGAUUCCAGCAAAGGAAGCCAUAGAACUGGAGGGCAGUUGCGUUUACCUUUGAAAUCCCAUCAGGUGUCCCACAGUUGGUCUGAUGAGUCUUUAUCCAUGACACAGUCAGAAACUACAUCUGACCAGAGUGACAUUGAAGGCCGGAUCAGGGCCCUAAAAGAAGAGCUACGGAAGAGGAAGUCUGUUGUCUACCAAUUGAAAAAGCAACAGAAGAAGAGACAGAAGGAAAGACUGAAAGCCCAGGAGGCCAGUUUGAUCAAACAACUAGAGUCUUACGAUGAGUUCAUCAAGAAGACCGAAGCAGAGUUGAGUCAAGACUUGGACACAUCACCCACAGCUAAACCUCAGAUUAAAACUCCAUCUUCAGCUACUGAAAAACCUAAAAUCAAGCCACCUCCACUCCAUAGGCCUGAGGCGACAAAGAAUUGGAAAUCAUUGACUGAAUCAGAGCGAUCUUUGGAAUCCAUUGCAGAACAUGUUGAUGCUGUACCAUCAAAUACUGAGCGAUCUGUGUCCAUGCACAGCAAGAGAUUCAUUGAAACAGAAAUUCAUACAGAAGAGCCUUCCCAAACCCUGUCUCCAGUCUUAAAGUCACCAAGGAAAUCCAGAGCAGAAUCUGGUGAUUCUUUGGAUAGUGUGUCCUCCUCAUCUUUUUUCAAAGACAUAGGAGAGUAUUGUAGACUAUCUCAGGUGUUACAGAGUAGGUCAGAAGAUGCAUCUGUUAAUGACAUUGUGUCGAGUCACAGAUCUAAGUUACCAGAAGAGAUGGAGUACAUAAAACCAGGAGAAUUUGAAGUUGAAGGUGCUAAUAUUAAACAUUCAGAAUGCUCCGAUGCCAUCUUAACACUUGAGAGAGAGCAGGAGAAUUCACUAGAAGUCUUUCCAAAAAAAGACCCCUGCACUGAGAUUGAGCAAUCUCAGAAAGAACUAUUUGACUUUGCAUUUGAAAAUAUUCAAAGUAGAGAAGAAAUCUCAGAACAGAAACAGAUAAACAAAGAUGAAGUUGUGAGUGAUCGAAGUAUUGAUACAGGAAAGUCUUCUUACAAGCUGAGCAAACUGAUAGAAGAAAAAGACUUUACAGAACAAAUAUUUGGUCAGAAAGGGUUGUCAUACUCUGAAGAUUUUGAGGGAGUCUCCUACAGAAAAGAAAAAUCAAUUGAAGAUGCCUCUGCUGAGUGUUACAAAGAUGACUUUGAGAUAUCUAUGCUAUCCCCCAGAAAAGACUCUCAGUCACUUAGAUUGAAAUCACUUCAUGCAAAAACUUCCAGAAGUGGGUCUACCAGUCUUGAAAGUGAUGAUGAAAUCAGUGAAUAUCUCAGUGACAAGUCUCUUUCUGUCUCAGGCAGCAUACAUUCAGAGAGAUUAUUAGAACUUAAGUCACCAACAGAGCUCAUAAAAGAUAAAGAACGCAGUGAUGUAACGAGAGAACCAGGUCCCAUUGACUCAUCACCUUGGGCCUCAGUUUCCAUCGUGGAAGAAGCAGAUGGCCUCCUAAAUUUCCAUGUUGGAGACAGGGUACUUGUGAGUAGUGUCCAGCCUGGAACACUGAAGUUCAAAGGUCUGACCAGGUUUGCUAAAGGCAUCUGGGCUGGUGUGGAACUGGAUAAGCCUGAAGGAAAUAACAAUGGAACUUAUGAUGGUAUUAAAUAUUUUGAUUGCAAGGAAAAGCAUGGUAUUUUUGCCCCUCCUCAUAAGAUAUCUCAUAUUUCAGAAAGUUUUGAUACCUACGUAGAUACAAAUGAAGACUCGUUUUUUGAUGAUAAAUUGAAUCAGCACCACAAAACAGAGCCAAAAAACAAAGGAAGUUCCAAACCUGGCAAGUAUGAAGACCAGGAAAGAGAUGCAACAGAAAAGUAUUCUCAAGAUAAAGCCCCAACAGGCAUAUCUGCUCAAGAAGGGCCAGCUGGGGAAAGAGAUAAUGAAGACUCCAGUCCUGAAGCAAAACAUGUGAAGGAGAUUUCUGCAGCUGUUGAAUCACUUGCCCAAGAGCAGUCUGUGAUAGACUGUCUCAAAUACUCUAUAGAAGAUGACAUUGUUCCUGGCACCAUAGAAAAGAUUUCUGCUGUUCUCUUAGAAGACGCAUCAGAUAAUCUGUUGUCAGAAAAACUGGAAAAGCAACAAAUCUUAGGGGAGGAGUGUAUUGAAAAGUUAGAUCAUCUCUCUUCUGGAGUUUUGGAGAAACUUGCUACUCCACUUAUGGACUUAUUGACAAAAGAAAAGAGCCAGUUAGAAGCACAACUUAAAUUGCCACUUCGAGAAGAAGAAAAGUCAGAAGAUCAACUAGAAAAGGUCAGCUUGCUGACAGAUGUUCUCCUUAAGGACUUUCUUAAAGAUGCUGUUAAACAAUUUCAACAAAUCAAGAGGGUCAGGAAUGAGAAAAUUCAACUUAGCAAUCGAGAGCUUUGUGAUGGCCAAGAGGAAUUGUCACCCAGAACACCAGCCCAACAUGUGGAGGAACAAGGAAAGAGUAGCUUGCAGGACUUUUUCUUAAAUUCUAAAUUGGAAGAUGAAAGAGAGGAAGUUUCUUCUCCAGAUAUGUGUCCCAGACCAGAAAGCCCAGUGUUUGGUGCCAGUGGGCAGAAAGAGCUUGCCAAGCGGUUAGCAGAACUGGAGCUGAGCCGAGAGUUCUUGAGUGCUUUAGGAGAUGAUCAAGACUGGUUUGAUGAAGACUUUGGUUUAAGCUCCCACAAGGUUCAGCAGAAGCAAGCUGAAGAACCAGCAGUGCUGCCCAAGACGGAGCCACAAAAAGUGCCAGCAAAGCCAUGUGAGGAACCUUUGGCUGUCCCUCAUACUGCAGUGGAAGUGGAAGGCAUGGUACAUGAAGCAGCUGAGGAAUUGUGGAAGUUGAAAGAGUUGGGUCACGAUCUUCAGAAUAUCAGCCUUCCUGUAGACCUUGGGAAUACCAUCCAGGAGCAGGACAUGGAGACCAUUAGCAAACAGGUCUAUAAAAAGGCAGUAUUUGAUUUAACAAGAGAAAUUUUUGGGGAAAUCUUUGCUGAGGAUCCUAAUCUCAAUCAACCCAUUUGGAUGAAACCAUACAGGAUUGCUUCUUCAUACUUCCGGCGGGUAAAAGAUCCUAAUGACCUUGAUGAGAUCAAGAAUUUCAUUGCAGCUGAAGUGCUGAAGUUAUUCUGCUUGAGGAAGGAACCUAAUCACAAAACCGAUUGGCAGAAAAUGAUGAAAUUUGGACGAAAGAAGCGGGACAGAGUGGAUCAUAUACUGGUACAGGAACUCCAUGAGGAAGAAGCUCAGUGGGUGAACUAUGAUGAGGAUGAGCUGUGUGUGAAGAUGCAGUUGGCAGAUGGGAUCUUUGAGGCCUUAAUCAGAGACACCAUUGAUGUUCUUAACCAGAUAAAUGAAAAACAGCAGAGACUACUGCUUGUGUGACAUCCCUGGAAAUAAAUCAGACACUGUGUAAUCACUUGAGCUAUGGGCCUUUCUGCCUUCUGACACAUACUAUACCUCCACCAUAACUACACUGCUGCUGGACUUUCAGCUGUGGAUUUUAAAGGCCACUUGGAUGUGAUGAAUCAACCUGGUUUUGCAUGCCCCACCUUGGGAGACCUUACACUGGAUCUCUUGUUUGCGAUGAAUAGGAUCCUUCACUUGAUGCUGGCAUGUGGAGUGUUCAUAUCAUCCUUGUGCCAAGGAAGUACACUCAGCUUAGCUGCCAGCAGCUCCCCAUGUCUCGGACUGGGCUGGGAACUGUAUGUUGUUCUCUGAAGCUGGGAUUGCUGAGCUGGGAGAGGUUGGGAUACUGGCCACUCUCCCUGGAAUUGUUGUCAAGAGUUGAAACUCAAGUGAUCUGUAGACACGUGCACCAGUGAUUAUGAUAACAACUGGUUUGGUCGGGUUUUAGCCAUAAAGAAGAUUUUAAAGCCCUUUACAGUGUUAUGCUCUUAACCACUUCUCCUUCUUACCCUGCAGGCCCAACUGCAUGCAUCAGUUUUUCCACUCCAGGGCCUGAUUCCAUUCUAAAGUCCACUUCCACUUUUGUUGCUGAGGCGUAGUAGCCAACAGGAUCCCUGGGCUAAUCCAGGGGAAUUGGUAACCUUGCAUUUUUCAUCCAUUUACACAGUUCUUACCUCUUCCCUAUCUAUUUUACUUAAGUGCAGAACAAGAGCAAGGUAAAGGCUGCUGAAAGUUGGCUCCAACAGACUAGCCUGAGGCCAACUUUACUUCUGCCAUGUAGCAUUUCUUCACUUCCUGAACCACCAGUUGCUCCUUGAUAAAUGGAUACUCAGGAUUCUCUCAGGCAUCAGACAUGUGGGAGUGGAAAAUAUUUCUUCACACAGCUUUGGUCCUCAAUCCCUCCCUUGUUAUCACUG